UGGCGAGGUCUUGCUCUUACCACUCUUAUUUAAGCACGAGGCCUGUUACGCUGUAAAACCAUCGAACCUCCCCCUCCCAACCCCGGCAAAAGGACCUUUACACCCUUGGGAACGAGGCUCUGCCGAGGGUUAUACAAUAUGCAUAAGUUAACAAUGUUACAUAAGAAGGUAAAAAAACGAAAUUUGUCAUGGCGCAGAAUUAUAUUUUGGGGAAGAGUGUGGGUUGAUCAAGUAUUAAAGACAGAAGCAAAAUGUUAGAAUCUUUCUUCGCGAAGAAGCCUUUAACGAAACAAUCUCAAUGGCCCGCUCACGUUAACCGGAAACGUGAGGUGGCGUGCAGCGCGUCAUUACACGUGAGUGGUACGUAGGGUGAGUUAUUGUCGUGUGGAUUGAGCGGUGAUGAUAGCAAUCAGCUCAUGCACAGAAUCCUUAGCGUGGACUGUGGUCACAGAUUCUCUAGUACAUUACGUUACAGUUGUGCGUAGUUCGUGAACUGCCUCCGUCUUUCUGUUUACCAAGUGGUGAAACGUUCAUGGAGAACUUGUCUACCGAACAGAAAAGUUGUGCAAAUAAGAAUACUUUCGAUUCUCUCUUGGAACAGGGCGAAUUGUUAGCUCGAAACGGAAGACUCGAUCGGUCAUUUAGUGCUUAUUCAAAUGCCUUCCGUGUUGGAGUUGUACCAAAGGAACGUAUUGAAUCAUUGGUGACUGCAUUGUUGGAGUUUCAAAGAAACAAACUAUGUAAGGAAAAGAAGGAAGAAAAAUGCUCCCCAGUGGUAAACAGCAGCCAAAAUAUUUUCAUUUGCCCUCUUUGUCAAUGCCUCUUUCUGAAGCCAGUUACCCUCUCCUGCGGUCAUACAUUCUGUCAAAGUUGUCUGAUUGAAGAGCGUUCUUUCAGUGUUCAAUUGGAGUGUACAAAGUGUGGAAAGUUAGUGUCUGAAAAUAUGGUACAUUCAGUGAAUUUACUGAUCACAAACUCUGUUCAGAAAUGGUUUCCCUCCGAGUAUCAGAAUCAAGUGGAUAAACUUGUCGGAUAUACACAUCUCUCUGAGAACGACGCAAAAUUAGCUGUUGAUUGUUUUACUAAGAUCCUGUCGGUAUCUGCCAACGAUUUCCACUGCUUGUGCUGGCGUUCUGAUGCACUUCUCCAAACUGGACAAUUUGAUUUGGCGCUUCAAGAUAUCGAACAAGCUUGUAAACUUCGUCCUACUUCAGCAAGAACUUUCUACAGGAAAGCUGCGGUACUGGCGAACUAUGCGAAACUCGAAGGAGUUCUUUCAUCUAAGCACGAAGAGAGCGUGUUGGCUUUGUUGCGCACCUCUGCCCUUGCGCCUAGAUGCGAGCGAUACCGUCGGGAGUUCACAGAAAGCUUGCAUCAAUUGUUGAGCCCAAAAUUCACAAACUCGAACAGAACUUUGUUGGUACUUAGAUCUGCGGGGACAAAACAUGCCGCAACACAUCAGGAAAAAACGCUUAAUGAAAGCCCAGGGAAGCACUUCCAUGCACCUGCUUAUGAAAGAUCAGCAAGUGGAGAAGUUAAAAGUGACUACGACGAAAUCGCAUUUUCACAGUGUUCGAGCAGUCGGUCUGGAAGUAUGUCCAAAAGAAGAAGGCGAAGAUCUCGGUCCUUUUCAAACAGCGAGGAAGCUCCUCGUAAUAACGUCAGACAAUACAACAAAAAAUCUAAGGGCGAAAACUAUACAGCUGGAGUAACUAACGAGGAUAAACUGAAAGACUUAGAAGAUUUUGAAUGCAAACUUUGCUUUAAUUUGUUAUUUCAGCCUAUCACUACAAUAUGUGGACACACUUUUUGUCGAGAAUGUCUGGAACGAUGCUUAGACCACCGCGUUGAAUGUCCAUGUUGCCGUACGGCUCUGGAUCAGUAUCACCGAGGUGUCCCAAACAUGGAAGUCACUGAAGUACUGGAGUUGAUUUUGGUCAACUAUUUCGCGGUGGAUUAUAACGAAAGGAAGAGAAAAUAUUUAGAAAGCACUGAGAAACUGGCGAGUGUGGGAAAAGAUGGCAAUGUACAAGUCCCUGUUUUUGUCUGCACAUUAGCUGUCCCGAAAGUUCCAUGUCCUUUACACAUAUUUGAGCCACGAUAUCGUCUGAUGUUACGGCGUUGUGUCACUUCAGGCUCAAAGCAAUUUGGCAUGUGCAUUCCAAGUGAUGAGCCAAAUAAGAAUUUUGCAGACCAUGGUACCAUGUUAAUUAUCAAGUCAGUGAAUUUUCUUCCUGAUGGUCGUUCAAUUGUGGAUACAGUUGGGGGAGAGCGUUUCCAUGUUGUGUCAAGGGGUAUGUUAGAUGGUUAUGAUACUGCAACUGUUGAAUGGCUAAAGGAUGAAGAAGUUGAGGAUGCAGAUGAGAUCAGACAGCUCCAUGAAUUGAAUAGAUUUGGCCACCAGACAUCACAGACAUGGUUCAGUCAAAUGGCAUCCACACAGCAACAGUGCAUUAUGAAUGCCAUAGGACCCAUCCCAGCCUUAAGAGAGGAUAAUCAGGUGUGCGACAAUGGACCAGACUGGAUGUGGUGGGUACUUGCAGCACUACCACUUCAGGAUAAACAAAAACUUAUCAUUUUAGGGAUGACUUCAAUACUUGAACGGCUCAAAAGUGUAAUCCGUUUUCUCCAAUUGAUACUUUCACUACAGAAUAAGUCAAUGGAGACACAGUCACUGGGGUCUUGAAAAAAUAUUUAGUUGAUCAAUUUUUAUGAUAUGAAAUUGUCACAUCAGAAUUUGUUACAUAUUCUCAUUGGUAACUUUUAGCAAUGCUAAUUUAUUUAUUGAAACUUAGCUUUGUAUAUAAAAAAUGCAUCAACAAUUUUAGUGAUUCAUUUUGAAGGUUUUGUCAAAAUUAUCAUUUUGGCAUUAUCAGUACAGUUCACUAUAUUUGUGUCUUUUUUUAUUUUUUUUUUAUUUUUUGUUUGUGUGCUUGUUUUUUUUUUUUAUUAUUAUUAUUUUGAAUCCGCACUUGACUUUUUCUGCCCAACUAAGUUACCUGCAAUCCUAAGGCCAGAGUCUUCAGCCCUUUAAUGUGGUAUCCAGUCUAACUGGUCAAUUUAUAACUUCUCUUUACAAUGUCAGAAUAUAACUCAUCCAGAAGUGAUGAGAAUAGAUAGGUUUAUCGGCCAAAAUAUAUAAUAUUUUUUCUAUGUUAUUGCAAAUUCUCCUAACUCGAAGUUAAAUGCAAGGUUUGACAACACAAAGAGAGAAUUGAUUUCAGACAGUCAGUUGAAGGAUCAACACCACAUAUCCUAGAACUCAAAUCCAAGGAUUUUCAUCUUUUAUUUGUUACCCUUGCUUGGUUACAAGCUGUAGUGUGGACUCUGGCUAAAAGAUUGGAGACCAGUUGGACUCUUGAUUAUUCACAAAAUUGGGUUUUAGUGUUAAAAGAGUGAUGACUUGUGACUGUUACAAUUAAUCUGAAGGGGUGACUGAAAGUUAAAAAGAUUCAUGUUGUCAUGUUGACAUGGAUUUGGUUUCUAAUUUAUUUGGUAUUGGACAGUGGAAGCAAGUUAGUUCAUUUAAGUGUGGAUCAUCACAAAACUGUAAACUGUUAUCAGGGCUCAGGAAAUAUUGCAGAUUGGAAGGGAAGCAUAAAUUAGUAACUGCACUGAUGUACAAAAGAAAGUAAUUUUCUACUAGUUUUCACUUCCACAUGAAACAAGACUUUGCCAAUUCAUCGUCUUCAGUUUAGUUAUUUUGGGAGAUGUUUCAGUAGACGAGGUAUUUAAAGUGCAUUGCAUGUAAUUAUUGAGUUGUAUGUCAACAUUAAAUAGAUCACUUCAGAAAGA